AUGCCGCCGGCGCGGCGACGCCGCCUCGCGUCCCGCCGAGCCUCCAAGAGACCUCGCCGGGCCGACUCCUCCUCCCAUGGCGGUGCCGAGGACGACGGCACGCCACUCACGGACGAGAUCCUCGUCGGCAUCUUCGCCGGCCUCCCCGAGAUGGCCGACCUUGUGCGCUGCGCUGCCACCUGCACUCGCUGGCGCCGCCUCGUGUCAAGCGAGGCCGCAUUCAUCUGCCGCACGCCGCGGCCGUGGCCGGCCGGGAGGUUCGUCCGACGCCUCGCCCUCGGAUUUUUCCACCGUGACGCCGCCGCCGGGCCGCGGUUCACGCCAACGGCUUCCGCCGCUCGGUCUCGGCUGCCCGGCCUCCUGCAACCGAACGUGCUCGUGGAACGGCUGAACGCGCUCGUGGAACGGCCGGAGAACGGGCCCCGCCUCGUCGCCUCCCGCAACGGCCUCAUCGUCGCCGACCUCCGCCGCGGGAGACGCGACCGGGCCAUCAAGCUCUGCGUCUGCAACCCCAUGACCGGCGAGGUGGACGUCCUCCCGCCCCUCAGCGGCGAAGACGGCCUCGGACGCUACGCAUGUACGGUGCUCACCGCCGACGACCACGACCAAACCAGCGACCCGCCGCCGCCUGCCUACCGCGUCAUCCUCUUCUACAACACGUGCCGCAGCAACACCGCAUUCAGGAGCUACUCGUCGGAGGACGGCGUCUGGAGCCCGGAGACCAUAAGGGGCGAGAGACUGGGGAAGAAGCAGAUGGGGGUGGGGGUGACGCGCACCAGCGUCGUGGUUUACGGCGGCAAGGUGGCGUGCUGGUUCGCCAAGAACGCGGUGCUCGCGCUCUCGCUGAACACGUUGCUUCCGCAGGUGCUGAGCCGCGCCUUCGUCGACGGCAACACCAUACUGGGCGUGUCGCCGCCGCCGGGGCGGAGACUGUGUACUAUCCAGAUGAUAUUCGAGGCCCCGACGGGGUAUUGGCCGAGGAGGGUGGCGCUACGGGUCUCCAAGCUGAACCGCAGCAUUCACCAAGGGCAGGAGGAGGAUGAGGUUGAGGUGAUCCAGGUGGAGCAGCACCUGCCGGCCGACGUGACCACGGGGCAGCUGCGGUGGUUCUGCGAGAAGAGCGGCGUCGUCCUGUUCACGGCCGGGUGCAGCCACGGGAGGAGCGAGGUCUACGCGCUGAGCCUCGAUAAGAAGGAGGUGGAGAAGAUCGCGAGCCACGAGGCCGGCGGUGGCGGCGGCGGUGAUCCGUGGGAAAACUUGCACGGGUACGAGAUGGACCGGGUGGCGUACCUCGCCACGCUCGGCGUGGGAUACCGUACGGGAGGGUAGCUUGCAGUAGAAUAUGAUCGAGUGCUUAAUUUGCUUGGAGUAUGUUUUCUUCUUUUCUGCAAACAAU